AUGAUAAUAGAAUACAAUUCUAUUAGUGAAAGUAAAACAAGAAGAUCAUAAUAAACAUAAGCAAAUCAAUAAUAAAGAUAGAGAAAUGUAUUAUUAAUAUCAUAAAACGAUUAACUCUUAAAUUAACCUGUAAAUAUAUUUUUAAAUUUAGCCUAUGAAUUCUGCAAAUGUAGGAAUAGAAACAUAGCUAAUUGAAGGACUAUUAAACGGCUAAUCUUCAUUAUUAAAUCAUUUUCGACAUCCUCCUGAGUAAGAGUUGAUAGAAAGGCGUUUCAAAGAGGUUAUGAGAAGUUCAAGCAUUUAUAAAUACUAUGCUAAAAUAGGUUUCCAGGGAUUUUUUUAUUUUUUAAAUAUAUUUGAACUUGGCUUUACAUUAGCUUAUGAUACUCGUAUGAUGAAGCAUUCUUGUUUUGCUAUAAUUUCUCUAUUGCUUUAUGUAUUUUACUUCAAAAUUUAGGAGUGUUGCUAAACAAAGUAUUUUUAUUGA